GUGAGGCGCGGCGGAGGUGGUGACGCAUGCGCGGUGAACCGGCUGCAGUGGCGGGCUGUACAAAUUUGAUCAUCAGUCAGCUGCUGGGAGCAGGCCCAAGGCCGGCGAUAUGGUGGCUAAAAGAAGGUUGUCUAAGUCAGCCGACGACGACGACGUGGUAAUUGCCAAAGACCAAUCAACGGCGAAGAAAAGCAAAAUUGGCGGUAGAAAACGAAUAGCGUCUGCUGAGGAGGGAGAGGUGGAUGAUGAUACAGUAUUUGUACAGUUGCUAAAAACGGCAGGAGUGAUUCUGAAAUAUGGAAAUCUACCAAAUAAACUAACUUUAGACCAGGCAAUUUUUCAAAAGAAGCUCUAUCAAUCUUUGAGGAAGCACGCACGCUAUCCAAAUGUUGUGCAGGAGUUUAUAAGAGGCAUGGAAUCGUACAUCGAGAACAGGGAUAAAUUCAGAAACUGCCUGUUACCUUGUGGGCAAUAUCAAGAGGGAGAAUCAAGUAACACUGUGAACUAUCAAGAAAGUCUCAUUAAGCUGCUUCUUGGGAUUGAGAUUCUGCAGCCUCCUGUUAUGAAUAUGUUAUUUGAAAAAAUUCCUGAAUUUAUGUAUGAUGGCGUACCAGAGGAUGGCAUUAACUUGCCAAGACUCAUCAUCAAUCAGUUUAAAUGGUUGGACAGGAUUGUAGACAGCAAGGAUUUGACCAAUAAAGUCUUGCAGUUGAUUAGUGUUGCACCCCUUGAAAUUCAAUGUGACAUCAUAACCAGCUUGCCAGAAAUCCUUGAAGAUGCUCAACACAAUGAAAUUGCCAAGGAACUCAAUUCCUUGCUGCAACAGAACACACAUUUGACUGUGUCCAUCUUGGAUGCUCUGUCUAGUCUAAACCUACGUGCUGAGUUAUUGGUAGAGGUGCGUCAUUCAGUUAUGUUAACCUUAUCUGCAGUUAAACUUGAUGAUCUUCCUGUGGUCGUCAAAUUCAUUCUUCAUGCCAUCACAACAGCAGAUGCUAUGGAGGUGAUUAGGGAACUGCGCAAGAAUCUAGAAUUGGAGUCGUGUGUGCUUCCUUGUCAACUCCAGGCCAGCCAAGGCAAACAAAAUCAGAUUGCAAAGGGGACUUCAGUGAGUCGGGAGAACGGCAGUAAUGACUGCGUUGCGAUUAUGUUCGAUGUUAUCAAAGCUGCUGUCCGGUUUCAAAAAGUAACAGCUGAAGCUUGGAUUAAGGCGAUUGAAAGUGUAGAUUCUGCUGCUGAGCACAAGGUAAUAGACUUGCUAGUUCUCCUGAUCCUCCACUCAGCUGGUGCGAGCAUUAGCAAGAAGCAAGUAGAGAAACUGCUGCGCAGCAAGAUUCGUCUCGACCAGAUCAGGGAUCAACUUCUGCAGGUUGCAUUCAGGAGUCAUGCUCUGGUUGUCCGUGAAUACUUUCCAUCUGUUCUGUCCUUGGCUCAGACCCUAUUGAGAUCCCCAGAUAUCAGUGUGGUCUCGUUUGGAAGUCAGAUGUAUAAAUAUGCCUUUAUGAUGUUUGAUUCCUACUGCCAGCAGGAGGUUGUUGGAGCACUGGUGACACAUGUUUGUAGUGGUUUCACAGCAGAGGUGGAUAUCUCACUCGAUGUACUCACAGACCUGGUCUCCCAGAGCUCAUCUGCUAUGGCCAUCUAUGCUGUCUUUGUGAAGGGUAUUUUGGAUUAUAUGGACAACUUGUCCCCUCAACAAAUUAGGAAGCUGUUUUUCAUUCUCAGCACAUUGGCUUUCAGUAGAGGACUGGAGGGCAGCCAUAUUCAGGAUGACAUGCACAUUAUUAUCAGGAAACAACUGUCCAGUACUAUAUCCAAAUACAAGCGCAUCGGGAUCAUCGGGGCAGUCAUGAUGGUGGGAUCCAUGGCUUGUGACGGAAGCAAAGUUGAUACGUGUUCAUCAGAUUUACCAGCCAUGAGCAAGGAAUCGUUCAGACAGGCGACAGCUCUGCUUGAACUGGUACGUUCCUGCAGUGAACAUUCUCCAGAGGCUGCUGCUCUCUAUUAUGAUGAGAUGGCUAACUUGGUUCAGAAAGGAAACCUGGAUCCCCAAGUGCAGGAAUUAAUUGGAAGGAGCGUACUUGAUGAUUUUCAAGAAGACUUUGUUGUAGAUCUAAUACCAGACAUCGCUAAUAAAUAUCUGCUGCCACUGAAGUGCAUGUUUAAUCUGGAUGAAGAAGAGAGUGAAGGUGGGAUUGUUAUCAACCUACUGCCGCUGCUGUCCAACAGUUUGACUAACGCAAGCAUUGAUGGAAAACGCAGCAAACAGGGGGCCAAGAAAUGCGUUUCUCCCGUGAGUCUUGCUUCCUUUUUCCGUCUGCUGCGACUAUGCGAAGAGGUGCAACACGAUGGAAAUUUGGAGGAGAUUGACGCCCUGUUAGGUUGUCCACUUCACCUGACCAACUUGGAGCUUGUGGAGAAGGUGGAGUCACUGUCCAAACCAGAACGGGAGCUGCUUUGUUCUUUGCUGUUUCAUGCCAUCAAUUGGUUUAGAGAGGUAGUGAACGGAUUCUGUAAACUGCAGGACAUUGAGAUGAAGGGAAAGGUACUCCUCCGAUUACAAAACAUCACUCAGCUACAGGGACUGCUUGAGAAGUGUAUAACAGCAACUCCUGGAUAUGUUCCUCCACUGGCAAACUUUGAUUCGGAGAUCACAGAGGUCCCUCCAACCAUUGCUCCUGCAGCUGUAGCGAAGAAAAGAAAUAAAGAUCUGAAGGGCAAGAGAAAGCAGAAAUCAGAAGGCAGCAAGAACUCCUCCACUGACAGCUCCCAGACUGAAGAGCCUUCAGAAGAAAGUCAGAUGCCAACUGGGAAUACUCAAGGGAAGGAGAACAACGAAGAAGGAAAGGUUUUCGUUAACUUGGCCAAUUAUAGAGCUUACUUUAGGGAGCUGGAUAUAAAUGUUUUUUUUGCACUACAAUCGGGUCUGGUAACCAAGUCCCAGCUGGAUUCUGAGCUACAUACAAAGGUCACCGAGGUUGUGCAGCUGGGGUCAGCAGAGCUCGUGUUUCUUCUGGAGGAUCUAUCUCGUAAACUGGAUUACAUGUUGGUCGCAAAUGUUACCAAGAAAAUUCUAUUCCUGAAGGUUAAGGGAGAUCGAGAUGUUGGAUUUUCGCAUUUGCGCCAAAUGACUCCCCAGCAACUUGCUCAGUUUACUCUAAAAUUGCUCAAUCCCCUGUGUAACCAUCUGGAAAAUGCUCACAAUUUCUUUCAGGCGUUGAUGGCUGGGAACAAUGGUGUGGUGGACGUACUGGGAUCAGAUGUAAAAGAGUCUCAGCGGAUGGCUGCUUGCUAUCACCUACUACUUCAGAUCUUGAACACUCUCUUUGCUUGGUGUGGAUUUGCCCAGAAUGAAAAUCGUAAACUACUAAAAUCGGCUCUCGGUGUUCUGGCAAACAGACUCAAAGCAGGAGAUGGUGAAUUGGGAAUGGAAGAGCUCUUCAGGCAGACUUUCCGCUAUCUGCAGAAUUUCCAGAACACUAUUCCCCGCUGUGCCUCUGCAGUAACUCUUACCCAGCUGCUCAUUGUCAUAUCAUCUCGAUCUUCAGACAGCCAGUGCAAGGAGAAAAUAGCAACGAUAGCACGGGGCUUCUUGUGCCAGUCAUGGAUUUUGCCAACUGGAGAAAAAGAGAAGGGCAAUAAGUAUAACGAAGCUCUGGACACACUCCUAUGUAUUUAUUUGAAACAUACAGACGACGUGUUGAAAUCUGUGGAGGAAAUUGCUGGUGUGGGCGUUCCUGAACUAAUGAACUCAACCAAAGAGGGCAAUUCGCGGACCUUUCCAACACUAACCAGGCAAACUUUUCUGGUCUUCUAUCGGGUGAUGAUGAGGGUAUUGGAUUCAUCAGUAAAGGAAAUUCCGUCUGGUACACAGUCCGAUUCAGCUGAGGUGCAGAUAGAGAAGCUGCUACGUUGGAAUCUAGCGGUGCGAGAUUUUCAUAUCCUGGUAAAUCUUGUAAAGGUGUUUGACAGCAGGCCAGUCCUGGGUGUUUGCCUUAAGCAUGGACGCCUUUUCAUUGAAUCUUUUCUGAAGCAAGGCAUGCCACUCCUUGACUACAGCUUCAAGAAGCACCGGGAUGACGUUCAUAGUUUGCUGAAAACUCUACAGCUGAGCACCCGUCAGUUGCACCAUAUGUGUGGACACAGCAAGAUCAACCAGGAUACUAAUCUGACCAAUCAUGUCCCACUGUUGAAGAAGCUGUUGGAAUUAUUUGUGUAUCGAGUUAAAGCAAUGUUGACCAUCAACAAAUGCCAAGAGGCAUUCUGGCUAGGAAACCUCAAAAACAGAGACCUGCAGGGAGAAGAGAUUUUAACCCAGCAAUCCCAGGAGGAGAGUGGAGGUGAUGAAGAAUCACAGUUACCUGAAGACGAUAUGGAAGAGGAGGUAGAGGAGGAAGAGAAUGAUGAAUGUGAAUCCAACGUAAGGAAAGCUACAAGGGAUGCCGAAGACUCUGACAGCGACUAGGCCGUUACUGAGGGGGAAUAAAGAUCAAGAAAACAAUUGGAAUGUCCAUGGCUCUUCUGAAAAGGAAUCUUACCAAUUUUACUGUGUUUGUCUCACAACUGGAGUCCAGUCCCACCCUACAUACUCUUCAUGUUCCCUGAAGCAGCCACAUUAAUGACUUAUCCAGGACAUUGCGGGAAGACCAACAAAUGAAGCAUUAUCAAUGCACUUUAAAGAACACGUUAAAUUUCUACCUGGGGUUCACCUCGCGUUGCAUUCACAGCUGCCGACGAUGGUCCAGAGGUGUUUAUGGGGUUUGUUAGAAAUUCCAAUACCAUCUCCUUCUUAUGUUUUGACAAGCUGAUCUUUAGGACCCAUCCUGGAAGGCCUUGAUUUUUGCUGAGGCUACUGGAUGGAGACAAGGAUUGUAGGUUGGGAGUCACUGGUGGAUUUGGUGCACAAAUGAUGUGGGAAUGUGAGAGUUAAGAAAUCAGCUAAUGGUGUGAACAAUAAUGGGGACAGACAUUUGGAGUGAAUGUCAAGUUGAGUUUAGAACGGGAAGUGAAAGAACAAAACCUUUAGUUCAAACUUGCUGUUCAUUUUAUAUAAAUAUACAUUUAUCUUCAGCCUCUUCUUUUAAUGUUGUUGAUUAUUCAUCACAGUCCAUUGAUAUUCCAUAUCCUUGUUCUUAUUAAAUGUACCACGAUGAUUGGUAUUUGAACUCUCAAUUUCAUGAUUGAAAUUUGAAUUUAAAUUGAAAUUCAGAUAUGUUGUGAUGGGGAACAGAGAGCCUAUGCAAUGCCCCGUGGCACAUCGUCGAAGGCGGUCCACUGUUCUCCAUUUUGGUUUCUUGGCUCUGAUAUCGUGGACAAGACCCAAGUGAAUGUUAGGCAUUGCCACAAAGGAAGAGCCAAUUGAAAGCAAAGACAUAUCUGGUCAAUGAAAGUCAUCUAUCAAUUGCUAGUUUUGUCGAGGAGCAGAUAUCCUGCCCAACUUUUGCUAUGGAUUGUGUGUAGGAAGGUCAGGAUAAUCUGAUACAAUCUUUGGAAUUGCUUUGUGUUUAAAAUAUCAUCUUUAAUGAACCCAGUUCUUUUAGAUGCAUUAAAGCAUUUCAAGAAUUAAUUGAUAAUCAACCAGAAUUUUGGGCAUGCAGAGAUGCAGGUCAUGUCUUGCCAUACAUUGCUCAUUUGUAUGAUAUUCACAACUGCUUAUAGGUUUUGAACUGUGAAUAAUCAAAAUUAUUUGGCGCUUUGAGACUUAAAUAACAUACCUUGGUAUUUAUCCAACGGCAUACAGGAUUGCAGGUUAAUUAGUUUGGUAAAAAUUGUAAAUUGUCCCUAGUGUGUGUAAGGUAGUGCAAGUGUGCAACAUUUUUUGCACUGUAUCUCGAGACCAAACGCUCAAUACUUUGAACUGACACCAGGGAUUUUUAAACAUUUGUAGUUUGUUGGAUCGGGACAUUUUCUGAAAUGUUUCUGUUCCUUGACUUGAUAUUUAUUAACUACAUAAAUUAACGUUUCUUUGUUGUCGUUUUCAUAGAUGGUGUACCACGUUGCAAUGGUUUAAUUUAACAGGUGGCUUUGAUAGAAACGGAGUACAAUAUAUACCCUAUUAUUUUGUUUUGCUCAUCAUUUAAACGAACCAGCCAUAAAUUUCUUCAGUUUCUUAACCUUCAAAUUUUACUUAUCUGUAUGUAUCGGCUACAUUUUGAAAUUGAAAUAAAUCUCAUUUCAGUAUUUCAGAUUUUCAUAGCAAUAGUCUUAGCAAAAAUUGCAGAAUAAAGAUGAAAUUACAUUUAUUAGCAGACUAAAGAAGAGCUUUAUAAAUGGCAAUCUUUGGUGAAAGCUCAUUAUGCCAUUCUAGUAUCCGUCACGGUGACUAAUUUGUGUUUAGGGUUAACAUUACAACAUUUAUUUAAUUGGCAAUCAGAUAUUAUAUCAGGUAGACUGUCAUAUUACAAGAGUGAUACUUAGAAGGCAAUAUUUUUUCAUUAAAUAAUGGAUUCAGUUGAAAUAUAUUGGAGCUUUGCUUCACAUGAACAGAAGGUUGAUCUUGGGACUGGUUCUGAUUGUUCAUGGAUGGUUAUGGCUAUAUAUGAUUGGUUGCAUGCAUAAACCAAUCUACAGUAAAUAAUUGUCCAAUUUUGCUGAAAUGCCCUCUUUCGUCAUUUAAAUAAAUGUAAAUAAGGAAUUACUAUUGGAAUCGGUUCUAUGCUGCUCAACUCAGUUUGUUUAUUAUUAUGAGCUUUAUAAUUGUAAACGGUUGUUAACAAGUUUUACACUGUAUAAAAUUAAAAUUAAAGUUUUACUUUUAGUGAA